AUUCAUGGACCCACCUAAACUCAACUUUGAAAUAAAGACCAACCUGGCAGAGAGUAAUGUCAAAAGAGAUGAUCGAAUUGUUGAAAAACAAGCUCGAGUUUCAGCAGGUCUUUCUGGAUUAACUAAGUUAAUGUCUAUGAGCUUGCAACUUCCACAGGAUCAGAAGUUAGCAAUGUUAGAAAUACUAGGUGGUGUUUCCAGAAUCUUAGCAGAUCUUCAACAUGAGGAGUCUGAAAUUAGAAGAAGUUUGAUCUUGAAAAACAUUGAUCCUUCAAAGCGUGAUAUACUUAAGUCUACAGUGGCGGGCGAGUUGCUGUUUGGCAAAAGUCUGGAGGAAAAAUUUAAAGCAGCUAAACUUUUAGAGUCAACGUCAAAGAAAAUUAAAUCAGUGGCUCAAACAAGCACUACCCAAGAGCCAAAAAACUUGAAGGGCCCGACUCGUCGCACAUCACAGAGGUCACAGUACAACUCGAUGACGAGCGGGCAGAAAUCAACACCAGUUCAGAAGUACCGGAGCCACAAGCAACCGAAGAAGAGUUACCCGCAAUCGAAGAAGUAACUUCAGAGGUUAAUGGAACCCCACCCAGUUUGGCGGACGAUUACCCUGGUAUCAGGGAUUAUAUCAGGAAAGCCUACGCACUAAAAGAGGUACCAGAAGAUUCCAUAGAAGUCAUGUUAGCGUCUUUGAGUGGAGGAUCCUUAAAACAGUACGACACUGGGUUGAAAAAGUGGUGGAGUUUCUGCAAAAUCAACUAAAUAAACCCACUUUCUUGCACAAUACCUAACGUACUAAUAUUUUUGACAUCACAGUAUAAUCAAGGCGCGACUCAUGGAACUCUGAACAGCUUCCGGUCGGCGAUAGCACUCAUUUUCGGCCCAAAUCUUGGAGAGAAUCCGGAAAUCAAGAGGUUCUUCAAAGGAGUCUCAAAAUUGAGGCCACCCAGACCGAAGUACGACUGUACUUGGGAUCCAGGAUUAGUUUUGGACUUGUUAAAAAAAUGGGGUCCUAAUGACAAGGUGAACCUGGAAAAACUAUCGCUGAAAGCAGUUUCAUUAUUAGCGUUGGUGACAGGUCAUCGAAUGCAAACACUGUCGCUAAUAGAUGUUAGAAAUAUCAGUGUGGGAGACAAAGCUAUCGAGAUAAAGAUUCCCGAAAACAUUAAGACAUCGAAGCUCAACAGAAAUCAACCCGUGUUAUCAAUUCCUUUUUAUCCAGACA